UUUUCCCUCCUUUUUUCUUUUCCCCCCUUUUCCCUUUUUUCUGCUUCUGCACUAAUAAUAUGUAGGCGACUCGCGGCCGCACUGACACGAAGCGUCCCAAGAGUCACUUACAGCUUUGUGCCUUUUUGCUUACUUUAUUCAUCAUCAUGUUGUUCGGAGCUCGUGUCACUGAGUCACUGUCAGCGCUGAGGAGGGGGGGGCGAGGGGCUGCGAACAGUAGUAGAUGAGGGGCUGCGAGGGGCUGCGACGCCGGGCCUGCGAUCUCGAGCGGCUGUGUGGGAUUAGGAGCCGAUCGCGGGACUUACUUACUUAUUUAGAGCCGCUCAGUCCUCUCAGGUGACUCGGCUUUGCGGGGCCCACGCCGCGCCACGGGGUCUGAUCCGUUCGCCCAACGGCUCCGUCCGUCCGCGUACCCAGAAAUAAUAAAUAUCCACGCGGAAAACUUAAAAGACGCCGAAGACCUUAACUUAAGUUUCUCUGGCGGAAAUAAACUCACCCCAAAAACCGGAUUUGUUUUGUAACUUUAAUUUUAUUCCUUUUACUGAAUGUUUGAAGAGUUACAGGGUUUUCGUGCCAAGUGUUAUUGAUAACACUGAGUGACGGAUUUGUGGGGGAAACGCAAAAGUGACCCAUUUUCGGUAACUCUUGUUUUCAGUGUUAUUAUUUUUUUAAAUUUUUUUUUUUUUGUCGUUGUCAAUGUUAAUGUGGAAAGUUGCCCUAAAGAGGUUUUUUGGCCCCGAGAGGAGCAGACGGCGGACCUGUACAAUAAAUGUGUCAGUGCGGAUGCUGAGCUGAAGCCCCGAACCUCCGCAAUGGGGGAGCAGAUCGCGGUGACAGUGGAAACACCGCCGCCAGACACCUAUAAGACGGUGUUUUGCAACCCCGCUUUUGAGGCCGAAAACGAGUUGGAGGGCAACAAGGAUGACAUCGGAACCGGAGACUCGGGCUCGAAGCAGCAGAGCCCCCCGGCGAGUGACGGCGGGCGCAGCCUCGACCCGACGCCUGUGGGCAGACCCUGGUGCGGCUGCUCCGCUCUUGUGCUGGCUGCCUGCCUCCUGCUCCUAAUUGCCGCCCUGGGCCUGGCGCUGGUUCUCAUCUUCAUGCAGCUGAAAGACCAGAAAACUCAGCAAGGGGUGACCGUGACCCCCUUAGAUUCAUGGAAUGAUGUCUUUCCCUCAAGACCAGUCAAUAAUACUCAGUCCCACAUUACUGUGGCUACACAUCCAGAGGCCACAUCUUCUUCCAAGUGUGGUGGCAUCCUGACUGACCCGGACGGAACUUUCAGCUCUCCAAACCAUCCUGGUCCUUAUCCUCCAGACUCCCUGUGCCUCUGGGUGAUCCAGGUGCGUCCACCCGCCCUGGUCCAGCUGCGUGUGUCCUCUCUCAGCGUGGAGGGACCCUCACCUUGUCUCUUCGAUUGGCUGGAGCUCCGCGAGGUCGCAGAGGAGACGUCCUUCAUCACCAGAUUUUGUGGCAAUGUGGCGCCCCCUACUGUAAAUACCAACAGCAGCACGGUGUGGGUGACCUUCCGCUCAGACAGCAGCAUCGGCGGCAACGGCUUCGCCGCACAGUACCAGGCCAUUUUGCCCCAACAAAAGAGCUGCUCCCAGGAUGAGUUCCUGUGCGACGAUGGACAUUGCGUGCUUCCCGUGUCGGUGUGCGACGGCAAGCCCGACUGCCGAGAUCGCAGCGACGAAGGCAACUGCAGCCACAAACACAAAGAGUGUGGUGGCCAGAAGACUGGACCAGAGGGGUCCCUAUCCAGUCCCAACCAUCCUAAGCCUUACCCUCCCCUGCAGCUGUGCACGUGGCACAUAUCUGUGGCAGAAGGCCAUGUGAUCAGGCUGAGCUUCCGCAACUUCAGCCUGGAGACCAAGGAAACGUGUGAGUUUGACUAUGUGGAAGUUCAUGACAGCGCUGACACAGCUGGGGACAGAGUUCUGGGCAGGUUCUGCGGCACAGGUUUGCCGCCUGAACUGACAUCCACGGGGCCCGUGAUGACCGUCCUGUUUGUGGCAGAUGAAGGUGUUGCGGAUAGUGGCUUCUUCGCGUCAUACCAAGCCAUCGCUGUCUCCCACAGAACCUGCAGCACUGCUCAGUUCGCCUGCAGCACCGGGGAGUGCGUGAACCGCGAGUUGCUGUGUGAUGGCUGGAGCGACUGUGCAGACAGCGCAGAUGAGCAGGGCUGCGCCAACACCACCUACCCCUCGUUCAGUUCCUCAUGUGAGCCAAUCCAGGUCGAGAUGUGCCAAGGCUUGAGCUACAACUUGACCGCAUUCCCCAACAUCUGGCUUUCCAUUGCUGACCAGAGGGAGGCAGCUAUGGUUCUCCAGCAGCACAAGCAGGUGCUGAUGGAGCUGGCCUGUUUCCAGUCCCUGCGCAGAAUGGUGUGUGGGAUGGUGGUGCCCCAGUGCAGCCCACAGGGUGGCGUGCUCCAACCCUGCCGCUCCGUCUGCAUUGCCGCCCAACAGCAGUGCGGUCAGGCUUUGGAUCUGCUUUCCCUCGGGUGGCCUUCCAACUGCCACCUCUUCCCGGACUCCCAGGACCUGGUGGAGUGCUCACUUCCCUAGCUGGGCCUCAGCUGGCUGCAUGCCCAUAAAGCCUUUUUCUCUAGUUCACAGGCGACCAAGGAUAAAAACAUGUGCCCCUCCUCUCACACAUAUCUGACAAUAAAACACUGCCCAGCAAAACCCACUUAAGUGAAAAAUAUUUAUUAAAGAGAUUUUAUGUUGCUGACCCUAAAAGCUGCCCUUACUAGUUAUAGAACACUACAGUACUUUACCACAUACAUCUGUAUUCUAAAUGGUUUGGCAAGUCAUUUCAAUUAAAUGUUUCAUAACCUGUGCAAUUCCAUUGCAACGAACCAUAUUGUUUACAAAUUGCACGUCUUUUUGGACGUAAAAUUCUCUGCACUUGUGAUGUUGGUGCUUUAUUACCCAUUUGAAAUGAAUAUUUAUUAUACCUAUUGGAAUUGAGAGGUGUUUUUUAUCAUUUGGUAGGGAAAUUUUU